AUGCUCCGCAAACUCCCUUCAUCCACUCGACCUUACCUUCUCUCCCAAUCUCUCAACCGACCCACACUGAUCGCUCGAUCCCGAAUUAUCCCAUCCACUCGUCAUGUACAUGUCCGAGCUAUCUCAUUCUCUUCCAUACCCCGUGCGAUGGCUCGGGCGUUUAGGAUUCCCGCUUAUGGAGCUGCGAUAGGUGCUGGUGGGUUGGGUUAUGCGAAUUAUAAACUUGAAGGUGUCCGUAAUGCUACUUCUGAAAUCCUCUCGAACGUCUCCGACAAGUUCUCAUCGGCCUAUAAUUCCGCCGCGGACGGCCUGAACUCUGCAGCAGAUAUUGGAUCUUCACUUGCUUCUCAAUUACAAGGGAGGAUAUCAGAUACCGGUCAAGGAGUUCAGGAUACCGCUGAAGCAUUCAGGAAUGGUACGAAAGAGUGGUGGGAGGCAUUCACAUCGCAAUUCGCCAAAUCACAAGCUCAGCAAGAGAGCGGUAGUAGGUCUAGCUCAAGCUCGAAUAGUAGGAAGGGAAACACCAGGGAAGGAUCUGAACAACCUCAGAAUAAUGGUAAUGGUGGUGGAGAAGAAGCAUUACUGGGACUAGUAGGAGCUGCUGCUGCUGCUAAUGUCGAAGAGAAACGGGGAGACCCUUUCAGCUCAGGUGGAGGUGAUGAACAUCAGUUACUUCAAUUAACAAGGAAAUUGAUCGAAAUUCGUUCAGUCCUCUUGAGUGUCGAUCAGAGUGAAGCGUUGAAGUUGCCUUCUAUAGUGGUGAUCGGAAGUCAAAGUUCUGGAAAGAGUAGUGUAUUGGAAGCGAUCGUUGGACAUGAAUUCUUGCCUAAAGGAGAUAAUAUGGUCACCAGACGACCGAUCGAGCUCACACUCAUCAACACGCCCCCCAGUGCCGCUUCGUCAUCCUCGACACCAGCAGAAUACGGUGUAUUUCCCAAUAUGCCAGGAAUGGGCAAGAUAACUUCCUUCGCUACCAUUCAGAAAACACUCACCGACUUAAACCUCUCUGUACCACCCGAAUUGGCUGUAUCCGAUGACCCCAUUCACCUUCAGAUUCACUCUCCUCACGUUCCUGACCUUACCCUCAUCGACUUACCUGGAUAUAUACAGAUCAGCUCGAUGGACCAACCUGAAGAAUUGAAAGACAAGAUAUCGGGAUUGUGUGAUAAAUACAUUAGAGAACCCAAUAUCAUCUUAGCUGUUUGCGCGGCCGAUGUUGAUCUGGCCAAUUCCCCCGCGUUACGAGCGAGUAGAAGGGUCGACCCGUUAGGUACGAGAACGAUAGGUGUGGUGACGAAGAUGGAUUUGGUCAAACCGGAACAUGGUGCUACGAUAGUACGAGGAGAACGAUACCCUCUACAUCUGGGCUAUGUCGGUGUAGUUUGCAAAGCUCCACCUGCAACUGGGGUGUUCAAAUCUAUACGAGGCGAUAGGGAAAGUCCCAAUGUCACCGGAGCAGUUCUACGAAGGGAAGAAGAGUUCUUUGGAGGUGAAAAUUCGAGAUAUUUCGGUAGAGAUAAGAAAGUCAUGGUUGGUACUGACACACUCCGACGAAGACUCAUGGACGUUCUAGAAACAAGUAUGUCAUCAAGUUUACAUGGAAUCACCAAUGCCGUUCAGCUCGAAUUGGAAGAAGCAAGCUAUCAAUUCAAAGUGCAGUAUAAUGAUCGACGUAUAACGUCGGAAUCAUAUAUGGCAGAAACAAUCGAUGCGCUCAAAGCGAGAUUCAAAGAGUAUACCGCUCAAUUCACGAAACCUGCAGUAAGAUCCAAAUUGAAAGAAAUGUUAGAUGAUAAAGUGAUGAACAUACUAGAAAAGCUAUAUUGGGAUGAUCCACGUACGAUAGAAUUAACUAAAUUGGCUGAAGAUCGGAAAUUGACAAGUGAAGAUUUGGAUUCGUACUGGAAAUAUAAAUUGGAAACUGCGAGUUCCCUUUUGACUAAAUCUGGAGUAGGAAGAGAUUCCACUGGAUUAGUCGCAGAGGGUUUAAGACAGUUAAUCGAUAGUAUAGCUACUGGUGAACCAUUCACUUUCCAUCCGUCAGUAUCUGAACGGAUCACCGAAUUCUCCCAUGCGAUACUGAGAGAACGGAUGGGUCUGACAGCGGACCAAGUGGAGAAUUGUAUCAAGCCGUAUAAAUAUGAAGUGGAAGUUGAUGAGCGUGAAUGGAAUGUAGGGAGGGAUAGAGCAGAAGAUAAGUUUACGGAAGAGAUCAAGAGGUGCGAUUUUAAAUUGAAAGAGGUACAAAAUAGGUUAGGAGGAUCAAGGAAGUUGAAUGGAUUGAUUAAACACGUUGGUGAAUUGGAGAAGUGGGAAGAGGAAAGGAGGAAAAGAAGGUUCUCAGUCUCAGGGGCCAAUGGUGAAGAUGGGGAUGAGGUGGUGGAAGAAGGUGCACCGGUGUUGGAUGCGUACAAGUAUUCCCCAGCUCAGAUUAUCGAUGGCCGACAUGCUCUUCUACUGUCCAACAGACUUUCACUCCUCAAACUCCGUCAACAAGCUUUGAAAUCACGUCGAUGUAGAUCCGGUCCUGACCAAUCUGCUUUUUGUCCUGAGGCGUUCUUGGCUGUGGUGGCGGACAAAUUGGCAUACACAAGUACGAUGUUCAUCAAUAUCGAACUGCUGGAACAGUUCUUUUAUCAGUUCCCGAGGGAGAUCGAUUCGAGGAUAUUAUACGAUCUGAACAGGGAAGAAAUUGCUAGAUUCGCAAGGGAGAAUCCGAAAAUCAAACAACAUCUAGAUUUACAAGAGAGAAAGGACAAAUUAGAAUCAGUGAUGAGAUCGUUACAGAGCCUAGUCAAUUUACAGAAAGAUGCGAAAGGCUCUUCGACGGGUACAUCAAGAAGGGAAGGUUUAUUCACCAAGUUCUUUUAG